AUGGAGGAGCUAAAACUUCAGGCGCAGAAAGCCCUGCAAACCGGAAGGGGCAUGCUGCUCAAUGCAUCUGGGGACAUCCUACAUGGAGCCUUGACCAUUGGCCAGGCAAGUUUGAGGACGGGAGAUGUUUUGACCUUGCAUCUGCGCGAGACAAGCAUGGCAGCUACAGCCUCUGCUUUUGCAGCCGUGCUUGGUGACGGGUCUUUGGUAAGCUGGGGGAAUCCCAACUCCGGCGGUGACAGCAGCUCUGUCCAACAUCGGCUGCUGAAUGUGCGGCAGGUCUCAGCCACUCAUGGGGCGUGUCUCAGCGGAACACUGUAG